UAUUGUUCAUUCCUCCUCUUUCUUGCUCUGUGAAAUAUUUUUCUUGGAGAAGAUGGGAGCCGGCGGCGACGGCAGCGGUGAGACGGUGGCGAAGAGAAGAGGGUGCUCGUGCAGCAAAGAAGACUUCCUUCCGGAGAAGUCGUUCGAGAGCUGGGCUAGCUAUGGGAAGGCGCUACGGGAGACCGGCAUGCGGCUCCGGGACCGGGUGACGGCCCGGUCGCUGGAGGAGACGGAGCUGCACGAGGUGCGGGCGAGGAGCGGGCACGAGAUGAAGAAGAAUCUCUCAUGGUGGGAUCUCAUCUGGUUCGGCAUCGGCGCGGUCAUCGGCGCCGGAAUAUUCGUGCUCACCGGCCAGGAAGCCAACGAAGUGGCCGGCCCUGCCGUCGUCCUCUCCUACGUCGUCUCCGGGAUCUGCGCCAUGCUCUCCGUCUUCUGUUACACCGAGUUUGCUGUUGAGAUCCCGGUCGCAGGUGGUUCUUUCGCUUACCUCCGGGUGGAGCUCGGCGACUUCAUGGCGUUCGUGGCGGCGGGCAACAUCCUCCUCGAGUACGUCAUCGGUGGUGCCGCCGUCGCCCGGUCCUGGACCUCCUACUUCGCCACCCUCCUCAACCACGCCCCCAACGACUUCCGCAUCCACGCCACCGCCCUCGCCGACGACUACAACCGCCUCGACCCCAUCGCCGUCGUGGUCAUCUCCGUCAUCUGCAUCGCCGCCGUCCUCAGCACCAAGGGCACAUCCCGCUUCAACUACAUCGCCUCCAUCAUCCACCUCGCCGUCAUCCUCUUCAUCAUCAUCGCCGGUCUCACCAAGGCCAACGCCGCCAACUACACCCCCUUCGCCCCCUACGGCGUCCGCGGCAUCUUCUCGGCCUCCGCCGUGCUCUUCUUCGCUUACAUCGGCUUCGACGCCGUCUCCACCAUGGCCGAGGAGACCAAAAACCCCGCCAAGGACGUCCCCAUCGGCCUCGUCGGUUCCAUGGCCAUCGUCACCCUUGCCUACUGCGCCCUCGCCGUCACUCUAUGCCUCAUGCAGCCCUACAACACCAUCGACGUCGACGCCCCAUUCUCCGUCGCGUUCCAGGUCGCCGGCAUGGACUGGGCCAAGUACAUCGUCGCCUUCGGGGCUCUCAAGGGGAUGACCACGGUCCUCCUCGUGUCCGCCAUCGGCCAGGCGCGCUACCUCACCCACAUCGCUCGCACCCACAUGGUUCCGCCGUGGCUGGCUCAGGUGCACGGCAAGACCGGCACUCCGAUCAACGCCACCAUCGUCAUGCUCUGCGCCACCGCCGUCAUCGCCUUCUUCACCAAUCUGGGCAUCCUCUCCAACCUCCUAUCCAUCUCCACUCUGUUCAUCUUCAUGCUCGUCGCCGUGGCUCUUCUCGUCCGCCGCUACUACGUCGCCGGCGAGACCUCGGAUUCCGACCGGAAUAAGUUGGUGGCUUGCAUCGUGCUCAUACUGGCAUCAUCCAUCGCGACGGCGACGUACUGGGGGUUGAGCGAGAAGGGGUGGAUUGGGUACGUGGUGACGGUGCCGAUAUGGUUCCUGUCGACGUUGUUCCUGUGGCUGGCGGUGCCCAAGGCGAGGGAGCCGAGGCUGUGGGGAGCGCCGAUGGUGCCAUGGCUGCCGUCGGCGUCGAUCGCGGUCAAUAUAUUCUUGCUGGGAUCGAUCGACAGGGAUUCGUUCGCGAGGUUUGGAAUCUGGACGGCAGCGCUGCUGAUAUAUUACUUGUUUUUUGGUCUGCAUGCGUCCUAUGAUACUGCGAUGGCGGCCGAAAGAACCGCGGGGCCGACGAAGAGGUUGGAGGAGGGCAACGGUGGGCGGUAGGAGGAGGGAGAGAGGAAGGGGAGUGCUGAUGGUGAAAGAAGAAGAACAAGAGUAGCCAAGUGUGCCUAUUAAAUUUCCUAUUGCUUUUUCUUUGGAUUUCAUGAGCAAAGACAGAAAGUGUUGUAAGAAUGUGAAAUUUAGAUGGGGAGA